AUGGGGGUCGCGCGGGCCUUGACGUCAUCGCGCCGCGCGCAGGGAAUUCGGAAAGGCAGGCAGGCAGGAACGGGUUGUUUCCGGAAGUGGCGGGGUUUCGGCGGAGCCCCGGCCUGACCCGACCCGGGAAGAAGCCGGGAUGGAGGUCACCAGGAGCAAUUUUAAGGAUAACCUCAACAAAGUCUACGCAGCCAUUGAGGAAGCAGACUUCUUGGCUAUCGACGGGGAGUUUUCAGGAAUCAGUGAUGGGCCGUCUGUUAGCGCCUUAACAAAUGGCUUUGACACACCGGAAGAAAGGUACCAGAAGCUUAAAAAGCAUUCCAUGGAUUUCCUGCUGUUCCAGUUUGGCCUUUGCACUUUUAAAUAUGACCUUGCAGAAUCUAAGUACAUCAUGAAAUCGUUUAAUUUCUACAUCUUCCCCAAACCUUUCAACCGAACAUCGCCAGAUGUCAAGUUUGUCUGCCAGAGUUCAAGCAUAGACUUUUUAGCAAACCAAGGAUUUGAUUUUAAUAAAGUGUUUCGCAACGGGAUCCCGUAUCUAAACCAAGAGGAGGAGCGGCAGCUGCAGGAGCAGUACGAGGAGAAGCGCUCGCAGGCCGGCCGGGUGGGCAGCCUCUCCUUCGCCUCCCCCAAUGCCCAAAGCAAGUGUCCGGUCACCAUCCCGGAGGACCAGAAGACCUUCAUCGACAAAGUGGUAGACAGAGUCGACACUCUCCUGCAGAACGAAGAAAGUGCCAGUUUGGAGCUGGAGCCCUGCACAGGAUUCCAGAGGAAACUUAUCUACCAGACGCUCAGCUGGAAGUAUCCGAAAGGCAUCCAUGUAGAAACGCUGGAAACUGAGAAGAAGGAGCGCUACAUCAUCGUCAGCAAAGUUGAUGAAGAAGAGCGCAAGCGGCGGGAGCAGCAGCGGCAAGCGAAGGAGCAGGAGGAACUGAAGGACGCAGUGGGCUUCUCCCGCGUGAUUCACGCCAUGGCCAAUUCUGGAAAACUCGUGGUUGGGCACAACAUGCUGCUGGACGUCAUGCACACCAUCCACCAGUUCUAUUGUCCGCUGCCAGAGGAUCUCGGCGAGUUCAAGGAGCUGACGACAUGCGUUUUCCCAAGGUUGCUGGACACAAAACUGAUGGCUACCACUCAGCCCUUCAAGGACCUCAUCAGCAACACUUCCUUGGCAGAGCUGGAGAAGCGGGUCAAGGAGACCCCCUUCAGUCCCCCAAAAGUCGAAACAGCGGAAGGCUUCCCCAGUUACGACACGGCUUCGGAGCAGCUGCAUGAGGCCGGAUACGACGCCUACAUCACCGGCCUGUGCUUCAUCUCCAUGGCAAACUAUCUGGGUUCGUUCCUCAGCCCUCCAAAAAGCCACGUCUCCACAAGAUCAAAGCUCAUUGAGCCAUUUUUCAACAAGUUGUUCCUGAUGCGGGUGAUGGACAUCCCAUACCUGAACCUGGAAGGGCCAGACUUGCAGCCCAAGCGUGAUCAUGUCCUUUACGUCACAUUCCCCAAAGAGUGGAAGACGAGUGAUCUCUACCGCCUUUUCAGCGCUUUUGGCAACAUCCAGGUCUCCUGGAUCGACGACACAUCUGCCUUCGUCUCGCUCAGCCAGGCAGAACAGGUCCAGAUCGCUGUCAACACCAGCAAAUACGCAGAAAGCUACCGGAUCCAGACCUAUGCCGAAUAUGUGGAGAAGAAGCGCGAGGAGAAGCGGCCAGCAAAGCGGAAGUGGGCCGAAGAUGGAUGGAAGGAGGCCGAGAGCAAGCGCCUCAAGACCCAGGCCGCCCCGUAUGGCACGGUCCAGGGCCGGUAUUACAACCCCAACAGCUUCACGGCGAGCAGCGCAGCGGGGAAGAGGAGCAUGAGCCCCAUCCAGGAGGAGAGCGGCUGUGGAGAUGGAGAGGAAGAAGAGGAAGAAGAGGAGGAGGAGGAAGAGGAGGAGGAGGAAGAGCAGGGUUCCACUGAUGCCAACACAGACUCCCAAGAAGGGAAGAAGAAGGCCAAGCGGCUCAAGAAAGCCAAAAUGGAGCCGGGCUCACCAAGCGAAGACCUUCCGGCCUCCCUCCCGGCCGGGCUCUUUGACGUCCCGGACACGUGGUAGCUGCAGUCACCCCUCCUGGCCUCUGCUUCGGAGAACGGGCCGGCGUCAUGGAGAGAGGGGUCUGGAUGCGAAUCUGGAUCUCUUCGGACCCUGGUUUAACUCUUUAAACUGCCUCCUGGACCGUUUCCUUCGAACCCUUUCGGUCCCAAAAGCGGAGGGGAUCAUCCCCAUAUCCGGACUUUGAUGCGGAAUUAUGACCUCUGGCCUGGCACUUGGGACCUUUCCUUGACCCUCAAGCCAACACUUUCCUUUUUGGAGAGAUUCCCCCUUUGCGUCCGUUAUUUCCCAAAGGAGAGACCAGCGAUGUCCCUCCCUCCCUCCUUCCUUUCAUGCAUUUCAAUGGAAAAAAGACUCGGACUUUGGGUUUGAUAUUUAACAUGUUUUUUUUCUAUCAUGGAAAUCCGGAAUCGAAAACACAUUAAAAAAAGAUGUAUUUCCAUAAAAUGAAAAUUAAAGGGUUUUCUUUUUCCUUA